AUGCGGCGGCGUCGUUGCUUCGCGACGACAACACAAGAGAUAUGGCGCGGACGACGAAAAGUUCUCUGUCAAAUAUUCGGCUCCAAGUAUGUCGGGCAGUCGCUGCGCGUGCUGGAGAGACGCAGCACAGCAUUGCUGCGCAGCUUGGCCGGAGCCGGCGCGGGCAACGUGUCCGUGUGGCCGCACUUCAGCGCCUACACCAUGCGCUCCGCCCUGGAAAUGAUAUUCGGUGAGAACUUGAAGGCCGAGCGCGACGCGAGCGAGCAGCUGUUGCAGGCGUUCGGCGAGUACGCGCACAACCUGGGCGCGCGCGUGUGCCAGGUGUGGCUGUACAGCGACGCUGUGUACCGCCGCCUGCCCGUGCACGCGCGACAGCGGCGCUGCAAGAGCGUCGUGUGGCGCCGCUUGGACAACGUGUGGCUGUACAGCGACGCUGUGUACCGCCGCCUGCCCGUGCACGCGCGACAUCGGCGCUGCAAGGGCGUCGUGUGGCGCCGCUUGGACAACGUGAGUACGCGCACAGCCUGGGCGCGCGCGUUGCCAGGGGUGGCUGUACAGCAACGCCUAAUCGCUCUCACGAAGCAGUCGAUGGCCAAAAAACGGCUGGAGCAGCAGCAGGGAGCCAGUCGGGCGACUGACGCAGAUGAGCUUGACGCUGAGUAUAAGCCUUUGAUGGAGCUCAUGAUUGAACUGACUGGCGGAGACAACGGCUACACGGACGUCGAGUUGCGCGAAGAAGCCGUCGUGCUGGUGCUGGCGGCGUCCGACACCACCGCCACCGCGGCGUGCUUCGCCUCCGUGCUGCUCGCCAACCACCCGCGCGAGCAACACAGAGUUUAUGAAGAGAUUCAGGAAAUCUUGGGAGGCUCGGAGAGACCACUGACGGCGGAGGAUCUCCCGAACCUCAAGUAUUUGGACGCCGUGGUGAAGGAGACGCUGCGCUUGUACCCUUCCAAACCGUUCACUAUGAGGAAGUGCACCCAAGAUAUACAGCUGCCUUCGGGCUUAGUUCUACCGAAGGGCUGCGGCGUGGUGCUCCACUUCUGGGGCAUGCACCGCGACCCGCGCUGCUGGGGCGCCGACGCCGACCAGUUCCGGCCGGAGCGCUUCCUGAGCGCCACGCCGGACCAGCUCGCCGCCUUCAUGCCCUUCGGACACGGCCCGCGGUACUGUCUCGGCUCCCGUCUGGCGCUGUCGUCGCUGAAGCUGUCGCUGGCGCAGCUGGCGCGCCGCUUCCGCCUGGCGCCCGCCGCCGGCUACGGCUGCAGCGCCGCGGAGCCGCUGCGCGUCAGCUACGACAUCACGCUGAAGCACGUGCACGACUUCAAGGUGCAGCUGCGCGCGCGGCCCUGACGCUCCGGCAGCGGGCUGGGCGGGCGGGCCUCUCCCCACUGAGAGACCCUGUGCUGCGAAAGACGCCCUCAAGAAUAUCUGUAAAACUUGUUAUAUACCGGAUCUGACGUUAUACUACGAGUAGUAGAUAAGUAAUUUAAGUGCGUAUAUUGUACAGGAUGCUCGCGAGUAUUUCCCAUAAGUCUAGGGUUAAAUUCAUUGAGGAAAAGUAAUUAAAAAUAUCCGAAAUACGUGUGUUCUAAAAUGAAUAUUUUUGUAGUAAAAAAUUUAUUUUAUAGAUAUAUCUAUAAAUUGUGGCCCUCAAAUAAAUAACUUAUCCAUGAUAAAUAUCAUGAAGUAGAUUACUAGUGAAGUGCGGAGUGUAAAUUGCAAUAUCUCGUCGAUAUCGACAGUCAGACCGCUACGAUUACGUAUUUUAAAAUGCAAGAAUAGAUAAAGGCGUCUGGAUACAUUCAUACAAAAAUAGUUGGAAUUGAAUUACUUUGUAUGAAAAAAUAAAUAUAUUUUUUUAGUUAAAAAAAAUUGAGGUUAUGAGAAAUACUCCUGAGUAGCCUGCAUAAUAAAACAUUUUAUUGUAUUUUUGUUUUCUAACUUUUUCAAAUGAAAAUAAUUUUUCAAAUUAUUAAAUUGUAAGUAUGUAAAUGAUUUGAUUUUGAUUAUUGAUUACAAUAAUAUAUCUAUAAUUGUUUAUGUAAGUUAUGAUGAUAAUUUUAUUAAUAAACAUUGCAGGCCAAGUAAACGCGUGCACGAUGUUAUAAAUAAUAAAUAAGUGCAUGUAGCCAAGUCGGCUGAUCUGCAUAACUUGCCGACUGUGAGUGAGCGGAAGGGCGUGGCUUGCUCAUAAAAUUCACACGAAAAAUAGACUUGUACCGCAGAAUACAUUGCUGUACAGUGCACAGUGAACCAGUAUACAGGGUGUAGCGACGGAGCUUACCCGCACCCGGCACUGUGAUUUGACUUCUGUAAAAUUACUCGAGGUUUUCGAAAAAAAAGUAACAGUGAUCACUUGUGAUUAGGUAGACCUGACCUGUCAAUUUAUUGGAGUAAAAUUUCAACAUUAGUUUUUAAACUAUUGUAUUAUAAUGGUUUUUGAGAUCCGAGAGCGUUUAAUAAAGGCGACGUAAAAGUUUUUAAAUCAGACUAUCCGUUUUAUUUUAUUUUACUCAUAGCAAUAGAGCCUUUGAAUAAAAGAAAACAAUUA